GCGGGAGAGGAUGGUGAGUGUCCUGGGUGAAGGUGUGCCUUUGAAAAUGUGUGUGAACAUAGCGAGAACUCAACACAUUGACGCGAUUAUUACAUGGUGAUGGAUAAUUCCAACGUGAAGGUCGACUGUGUGGAGGAUGUGAAGAUGUGUGUGUCUGCGCGAAUGUUUGAACGUGGAUGGGCAGUGUGAUUAGGGAUAGUGGCGGUGUCUGCAGAUGUGUAAAUGUGUAGGGGCAUGGGUUAUAAGGGUGCCCUGAACCGGCAAGAGCCUAGAGGAGGGCAGUGGAUGUGGGGGCGCCCCUUGUGACCAACGUUUUCUCGGCCAAGAGGAAACCCUCUAUGGCUUUAACAAAUGUCGAUGAUGCGGGAGGUGGGAGAGGCUGUGCGCGUUCCUGCCGAGCCCGGAGCGCGCGAGGACUCUCUUCAGUCUGCAGCCAGCGAGAGCCAAAGCAACAGAUGCGGGAAGCACUUUGGGGCUGUCGUCCUGGCUCCGCAACAUCAAGUCUGGAGAAGGGGUUGCAGACGAGGGCAGCGCACGGGGAAUCAGCGAACAGCGGGAUCCGCGAUGGUGCCCUUGCUGGUCCUGUGGUUGGUUUGGGCACUGCUAGGAGUGGCCGGAGCGUGCCCGGAACCGUGUGCCUGCGUAGACAAGUACGCGCAUCAGUUUGCCGACUGCGCCUACAAGGAGCUGCGCGAGGUGCCAGAAGGACUGCCGGCCAACGUGACCACGCUUAGUCUGUCAGCCAACAAGAUCACUGUGCUGCGGCGCGGGGCCUUCGCCGACGUCACGCAGGUCACGUCGCUGUGGCUCGCACACAAUGAGGUGCGCACGGUGGAGCCCGGCGCGCUCGCUGUACUGAGCCAGCUCAAGAACCUCGACCUGAGUCACAACCUCAUAUCCAGCUUCCCAUGGAGCGAUCUGCGUAACUUGAGCGCGCUGCAGCUUCUCAAAAUGAACCACAACCGCUUGGGCUCGCUGCCCCGGGACGCACUCGGUGCGCUGCCCGACCUGCGCUCCCUACGCAUCAACGACAACCGGCUGCGUACACUGGCUCCUGGCACCUUCGACGCGCUAAGCGCGCUAUCACAUCUGCAACUCUAUCACAACCCCUUCCACUGCGGUUGUAGCCUUGUGUGGCUGCAGGCCUGGGCCGCGAGCACCCGGGUCUCGUUACCUGAACCCGACUCCAUUGCGUGCGCCUCGCCUCCCGCGCUGAAGGGGCUGCCGGUGCACCGCCUGCCCGCCCUAUCUUGUGCACCGCCCAGCGUGCGUCUGAGUGUCGAGCCGCCGCCUGAGGCACCAGGCAGCCCCUUGCGUGCCGGCCUGGCACUCAUGCUACACUGCGUCGCCGAAGGACACCCCACGCCCCGCCUGCAAUGGCAACUUCAGAUUCCGGGCGGCACUAUAGUCUUAGAGCCGCCGGUCCUGAGCAGGGAAGACGAGGGGGACGAGGUGGAAGACGGGGAGGGGGAAGGAGAUGGGGACGGGCCCACGCAGACGGAGGCCCCAACCCCGACUCCAGCACCCGCUUGGCCCGCGCCCCCAGCCACUCCGCGCUUCUUGGCUCUCACAAACGGCUCCCUGUUGGUGCCCCUCCUGAGUGCCAAAGAAGCAGGAGUCUACACAUGCCGUGCCCACAACGAGCUGGGCGCCAACUCCACAUCAGUACGCGUGGCGGUGGCCGCUGCCGGUCCCCCAAAGCACGCUCCUGGCGCAGGGGGAGACGCUGAUGGGCAGGCCCCGACCUCUGAGCGCAAGUCCACAGCGAAAGGCCGAGGCAACAGCGUCCUACCCUCCAAGCCCGAGGGAAAAAUCAAAGGCCAGGGCUUGGACCGGGUUAGCGUCCUCGGGGAGUCCGAGGGGCUGGAGGAAGCGGAGGCAGGUGAGGGAGAGGAGGCGGAAGACCAGGUAUCUGCGGAUCCUGUGGAGGAGCAGCGGUGUGGCCACGGGGACCCCUCGCGGUACGUGUCCAACCACGCGUUCAACCAGAGCGCAGAGCUUAAGCCGCACGUCUUUGAGCUGGGCGUCAUCGCGCUGGACGUGGCGGAGCGCGAGGCGCGGGUGCAGCUGACGCCACUGGCGGCGCGCUGGGGCCCUGGGCCAGGCGGGGUUGCAGGAGCGGGGCGGCCCGGGAGGCGGCCCCUGCGCCUGCUCUAUCUGUGCCCUGCUGGGGGCGGCGUAGCAGUGCAGUGGUCGCGGGUGGAGGAGGGCGUCAACGCCUACUGGUUCCGCGGCCUGCGGCCUGGCACCAACUACUCCGUGUGCCUGGCCCUGGCAGGCGAGGCUUGCCACGUGCAAGUGGUGUUCGCCACCAAGAAGGAGUUGCCCUCUCUGCUGGUUAUCGUAGCGGUGAGCGUGUUCCUUCUGGUGCUGGCCACCGUGCCCCUGCUGGGCGCCGCCUGCUGCCAUCUGCUGGCCAAACACCCGGGCAAGCCCUACCGUCUUAUCCUGCGGCCGCAGGCCCCUGACCCCAUGGAGAAGCGCAUCGCCGCCGACUUCGACCCGCGUGCCUCCUACCUCGAGUCCGAAAAAAGCUACCCAGCAGGCGGCGAGGUGGGCGGUGAAGAGCCAGAGGAGGCCCCCGUGGAGGGCCUUGACGAAGAUGAGGAGCAGGGGGACGCAGGUGGGGACCUGCAGAGGGAGGAGAGCCUGGCGGCCUGCUCGCUGGUGGAGUCCCAGUCCAAGGCCAACCAAGAAGAGUUCGAGGCGGGCUCUGAGUACAGUGAUCGGCUGCCCCUGGGUGCCGAGGCGGUCAACAUCGCCCAGGAGAUUAACGGCAACUACAGGCAGACAGUGGGCUGAGCCCGGAGCCCGCCUGGCCCUCCCAUUCCCAUCCCCCACCUGGAUGCCUGGGAGCAGAAGCCUAGGGCUGGCAGGAUUUAUGCCCCCCACCCUCGUCCCCGCCACCUUCACUUACUCUGCCCCCUUAUGACCCCCUAACCUUGACUACCGGGGACUUCUAGUGGGGAGUGGGACGAUUUCACCAGUCCGCCGCCACCUACGACCAUAAUUGUCCUUGUGGGCUGAAUUCCCCUCCACGGCAAGCACAGUUCCCUGCUCUUCCCUCCCCAUAUAAAACCUUACCCGCUGACCGUGAGGCGAAAUCCACGCCUCUCCAUUCCCAUCGCAAUUGUUACCUGCCCAGCAGCCGGCCCCAUCGUGGGCUCUGGAGCCACAGGAAACCGGAGAAGACGUUGGAAACGUCUGGCGGUAACGCUGUGGCUCCAGGGUCAGCCCGGGACCCCUAGCAGAUGUCCCUAGCGUGGAGCGCUGUGGGGUCCCGCCCCUACCCCUGCUCCGCCCUUUCCGGGGUGCACAUCCCAGAAGCCAGGAGUCAGUGGUCACUCCCUAGAUUUUACUUUCAAAGCCCUCUUCCGACUGGGAACCAAACCCUUCUAUCCCCUACCCCCAUUCAGCUUCCCACCGGCUGGAGCCGAACCCCGUGCCUGGGGCACCUUUCAGCUCCGCGCUCCGAUUUUCAUAUUUUCGUUGUUUUCAAAGACAGCGACACUCCGGGUCUGGUGCUAACACUCCCUUCCCAGCCUCUGGGAAAACUGGGAGUGUGUGUGUGUGUCGGGUUUGGGGGGGGCGGGAAAUGAAGCAGGUGGGGGGGGAAUCCGUUUUCUCUCGCCCUCUCUCCUAACUUAAAGCGGUGCUGAACCGCGCGCCCUUUUUCCGCCGAGGGUGCGGGCUUGGUCCCGGGCCAAAUUCGUUGUCGCUGAGUUGGGGUCUCCGGAGAUCAGUGCACUCGACAGCUCCGUUUCCGCUGCUGUAAGACCGGCCCAGAAAUCAGCUCGAAAAGCGCCAGCGCCGGGGGCAUGGGAACUGUGGCCUCCUGGCUGGGUCUCUGGUGAGGACGUGCGCCCCGGUCCUCACAAAGCCUGCGCGUGACCGUGCGGCGGGAUCCCGGUAGAGAAAAGCCCCUGCGUCCUCGCGUGUCCCACCCCCCUCCCCCCGGAAGAACAGUAUUUGACCGGCGUGUAGUCCUAGACGAGUGUGCUCUGUAGGGGAACAGUCUGUGUCCUGUAAAGUGUGACUGUGUAGUGUAGGGGCAGGGAGGGAGGGAAGGGGAGGUGGGCCGCGGCGCGGCGACUCGGGCGGGGGUCUUUUUUCGUUCUGGAAGGAAAGCGUCGGGGUUGGGUGGGGGGUUUCCCGGGCGUGGGGACCAGCCCUGUCCGUGAAGCGCAGCACAAGUGCGGCCUGGGGCGGAGCAGUCCCCGGAGCCGCGCCCUUUUCUAAAGGCGUCUGUAUGUAAACAGCCAAUAAAACAA